CGGUCGCCCGGAUGCGGUGCGCGCCAUUUUCAAACGACUUGCCGCGGUGACGGAGACGGAGAGGGGGCGGGGCCGGUGACAGCAGCAGCGGCAGCAGCGGCGGCGACGGUGAGGAAAAUUAUCUGAAUUUGCAGUGAAACGUUUCUUGUCAUGACCACCACUUCCGAACGAAAGUUUGUAAACCUACGAAAACGUUUAGAUCAACUUGGAUACAGGCAGCCCCUCGGGAUAGACACACUCCCCCUGGUGGAAAAGCUUUUCAGUGAUUUGGUGCACACUACAGAAAGCCUUCGCAAUGCCAAGCUAUUAUCUGGAAAAACAGAAAAAGAGAGCAGGAACUUGGACUCUGUACUUGAGCCAUACAGAACUGAGAAUGCACGUCUUGUCCAGGAAAACAACAAACUGCAUCAGGAAUUACUGAGGUUAAAAGAGGAGUCAGAUCAACAGAUCAAAGAUUUAAAAUACACCAUUAGAAAAUUAGAGCAUGACACUGCAGAUUUGAAAUUCUUAAAUAACCAGUAUGUACACAAAGUACGAUCACUGGAGAAGGAGAGCAAAGCAAAGACUGAAAAGAUUCAGCAGUUACAAGAGAAAAAUCUACAAGCAGUGGUACAAACACCAGGUGGCAAAAGGCGCACUAUCCCAUUUCGCCGACAGCGAAUGCAAAUUGAUCAGUCAAUUCCUCCAUCAGGGAUUGCAUCAGCGCCACAAAUUCAUACUGAAGAUCCCUACUAUCUGGACCUAUUGAAUGUGGCUGAUGAUAGAAUAAUGGGUCUUCAAGAUGCAGUUAAUAAUCUCAAGGCUGAACUGGAUAAAUCAGAUCGCGGUAUGAGAAAAUUUCAGAGACAGGUUGACGCAAGAGAUGAGGAAAUAGAGCGCCUGAACCGAUCACUGGAAGGUGGUCGGCCUCAUGAUGUUAUCUCUCUUGAAGCUAAAAACAAGAGCAAUGAACGCCUUAUAGCACACUUAAACCUCCAGGUUGAAUAUCUUCAGAGAACUAACUGUGAUCUGGAGAAGCAGAUGAAGGAACUUCUGGAGAAAAAAAGCGAGGCAACAAAUGAGGUUGUAAACCUCAGCACUAAAAACGAACACUUGUGUAAUGAAUUGAAUGAGAUUGACCAUUUGGCACAACAAUUAGAACGCGAUAAAGAAAUUGCCCUGGAAAUUGCUGAUAAAGAAAUCAAAGAAGCAAAGGAUGAAAUCCAGAAACAGCAUAGAGAAUUGGAAGGGUUUGAAGAAACAAUUGCUAGACUGACCAGAGAAUUGACUGCAACACAUAAUACUCAUGCUAAAAUUCAAGACGACCUGCAAUGUAAAACCAAAGAAAAUCAAACACUUCAUGAUUUGUUUAAUCAACUAAAGAAGGAAAAGCAAAGGCUGCAUGAACGGGUUGAUGAACAAGUGGCCACAGAACGAGAAAUAGUGGUAGAAUUGGAGAGAAUGCGAGCACAGCAUGGUAUUCUAAGAGGGGAUACAUCACCAUCUCGUCUAGACAAAUUUAUAAAGACUUUAGAAGAAGAAAGGGAUUAUUACAAAUUUGAAGUAGAAUACCUGCAGGAUUUGGUAUCCGGAAGAAACAGCCCAAUCUGCUCUCCAAGACGUGGGCGAAGCCCAACACGUAUUACACCUGUUAAGAGCAGCAGCCUUAGUUCUGAACUGUUGCAAGUUAUCAGAGAACGGGAUGAGUUGCAGUCAGUGCUCGACAAAUUUGAGCAACACAUGGCAGAGAUCCAAUCAAAUGUCAAGGUGCUGACGUCAGAGCGAGACAAAUUGCUUAUGAUGUAUGAACAGAAUCAAGAUGAAUUGAACAAAUUAAAAAAGGAAGUACUAAUAUCACCAAUAUGUAAAAUGCGUGUGGAAGAUGAAAGGGAAGAAGCUAAAGCAGAACUGAAGAGAAUGACAGCUGAGAGAGACGGAUUGAGGGAGAGAGUGAAGGCCAUUCUAGAAACAGCCGAUUUAAACACGAAACAGAUGGAGCAACAGAUAUCACAUUUAGAAAAUAAAGUAUGUGAACUUGAUAAUAAAUGCUUUGCCUUCAAGAAGAAAGUAACAACACAAAUGGAAGAUAUAGCAACACUUGAAGAAAAGACCAAGUUUCAGUCACAAAAACUCUUGCAAUCAAAUGAUGAUGCUUCUCACCUGAAGGCAGAGCUGAGUUCAUUUAGGUUGCAGAAUGAACACCUGGAGAAAUCUCUUGCAGAUAUGCAGCAUCGAUUAGCAAUGAAAUCUAAGGAGCUGCAAACUUUUCAAGAUCGAAUUGGCAGACAUGAAGAAAGGCUAGGUGAGUUCAGUCGGCAAAUUUCUGUUCAACAAGAAGAGGUCAGCUUAUUAAAAAGUACAAUAUCUGCUCUGGACCAAGAAAAGGAUUGCCUGCAGGAAGCUAUGGAUGACAAAACUGAAAAAAUUGCAACUUUAGAAGAUAAUCUUGCCAACAGGGAAAAGGCCUUAAAUAAUAUGAAGAUUACUGUGACUGAACUGGAAUCUGCACUAGAUCUUUUGAACGACACUUUGAGUAACCGAGACCGGGAAAUAAAUUCCUUGCGUCGUCAGCAUGAUUCCAUUCGUAAGGAACUGGAGCAAGUAAAACAGUCUCGAGAUAAUGGUUACAAAGAAAAUCGUUGCUUGCAAGAUGACUUGGCUCAAAUGACAAGGGAAAAUCAGGCAAUCAACAGUGAACUAGACCAAGCUUUACAUGAAAAGGAUGAUUUGAAAUCAAGAGUACAUAACUACAUCAAUGAGGUAGCAAGAAUAGAGAGCCUAAUGGUUGCCAAGGAACAAGAGCUUCAUCACAUGCUGGAGCAAUACCGACUGGCAACUAACCAAGCUGAAAACUGGGAGCAUAAGGCCCAUCAGGCAGAGGGAGAGAGCAAUUCAAUUCGUUUGGAGUUACUGUCUAUAGAUACAGAGAGGAGACAUCAUGAGGAGCGAGUGAUCAAGCUAGAAAGAGAAAUACAAGAGCACAUAUCCGCCCAACAAGCUUAUGAGAAGGAGAUUACAUAUUCUGCUAAAAGCAUGUCCAAAUUGGAGGAAGAACUGCGACAGACACAAGCUGAGAAAUGCCGCAUGUUAGGAGACUGUUCCUCAAUCAGAGAACUGUGCGCCCAACUAGAUUCAAAUAAGGACUCUCUGUCACGGCAACUUACUACUAGAAAUAUGGAACAUGAAAGGACUUUAAGUGAACUGGAAGAUUCAAAGUCUGAAAAUGAGCUUCUAAAGAAACAACUGAAUAGUGAACGGGUCACUAUUAAGAAUCUUGAGACAUUAUUAACAUCAACACGAGAAAAGGAGCUUCAAUGUCACCUGAACAAGCAUGAAAUAGAAUCAGAGAUACAGCUUCUUGGAGACAAGCUAUCUCUAGCAGAAAGCAAAGUAUCAAAUCAAAAUCGAGAAUUAAUUCAACUUCGGACUAAAUCUUCACAGCUUCAAUCUGAGCUUGAUCUCAUAAAACGGCAACUCACGACAGAACGUUUUGAAAGAGAACGUGCAAUCCAGGAAAUGCGUCACCAUGGUCUUUCGACUACCGCCACUUCUUUGUCACCACUUAGAACAUCAAUGAGUCCUCUUUGUCGUUCCCAGGAUGCUUGCUCCCCGAAAGGAGUAUCAGAAUGUUCCACUGACUGUUAAAUGGCAAAUCAAAUACAGUAUAUUAAAGUGAUGCCAAGUGAACCACAUUACCAAUGGGUUUACUUUUGCUACGGUAAAAGUUCAAGAAAAAGCUGGCGGAAAGUACGAACAUUCGCUUUUAAACUGUGGAGAUUAAAAUUAUAUAACCUGAAAAUUGGGUCAAUUCUGUUUAAUUUUUUUCGCAUACUUUCAUAAACAUACUAACAAAAUGGGCUACUUAGACUCUCAGCUGAUAUGCCCACACAGUGCUGUAAAUAUCUGUAUUCUACUGCAAAUGGUUGCGAAGACAUUUUUAUUCUGUAAAGAUAUUUUUAUAUUGAAUUAGGUUUUCAAUGUUAACUAUAAAUUAUUUAUUGAUGUCUGCUGUCGGUAUCUAAAACUGUUUUUGCUACCUAUUGUCCUUCAUUAAUAACUGUUGUUGAUUUAUCAUUUGAUGGUCAGCCAUACAAUGUAAACCAAAUUUUGAAAUCUUGAAAAUUCUCUAGACGUGUAUCUUUACAGCAUGUUUAAUAAAUGCACAGAUGGGCUGUAUACAACUGAUGGAUCAGCAUAAGCUUGUGGGAAAUGAGCAGUGAAUUUUUGAGAGUAAUUUAUGAGUAUCAAUUUGAUCACAUUUUUUAGAUCAAGUUUGUUUUGCUGAUUAGUCCAUGUGCAUUGAAUUCCCUGUGGAAUUACACAAUUUAAAUGAAGAUCAUUUAAAUUGUUAAAAUGUGCUUUCUUCACUAAAAUAUUCAAAUCACCUUUUGCCCACUACAGAUGGCCAAUUGUGAUAUUCCAGAAGUAUAAUAAUUUGGUUGCCUUGUAUGUGGUACAGCUGUUUCAUGUAUUUAGCAACUGACAUGAAUGAUGGUAUUACCUUUUUCUGAGGAAGCAUUUCUUAUUUGUCACUUUUUACAACAGUAAUAUCUUCAGCGCAUGCUUUGUUACUAAGAGCUAUUUUAGAUAUACUUAUUGUUUUAUAUUUAGUUCAGAGUGCAUGAUUUCUUUUGCCAAAUGUAAUUAUCUAUUUAUGAAAAAUAAAAAUGGUGAUUAUUGAA